GGGACUAUCUUUGUUGACUUUUCUGUUGUUUGUGUUUAUGGUUUCAUUUCAUCAUGUGACGUCUUUGAUAUCUCUACCGCGAACGAGACAGAGACAAGAACGCCGUUCGCGUUUACCGAUUCGUAUUUCUGCAGUGUCUUUCGAUUGAAAUCAUAUCUCUUCGGCCAUGUCGUGGUUCAAGGCAUGUAGAGGCACUCGUUUUUCUUCAUAUUUACACAGCAUUCAUCUAACAUCCAGGAUUGUGCCUCUUGUUCCGUGCUCUAGUUAUGGAGCUGGUAGUGGCAAUCAGCUUAAUCUCCUAAGCAAGAGAGCGUUUUGGGGAAGCUCACCUUCGUUUCCCCCCCACUCUGCUACUUGUAAAUCCAUGUUACCUGUUGGUGCUCAUCGCCAGUAUUCUACACACUCGAUAACAGAAACCAAAUCCAAGAAAAUGCUCUAUUACCUCACUGCUGUUGUCUUUGGCAUGGUUGGCCUUACUUACGCUGCUGUGCCUUUGUAUAGAACCUUCUGCCAAGCUACUGGUUAUGGUGGUACUGUUCAACGCAAAGAGACUGUUGAGGAGAAGAUUGCUAGACAUUCAGAAUCUGGCACCGUCACUGAAAGGGAGAUUGUGGUGCAGUUCAAUGCUGAUGUUGCAGAUGGGAUGCAGUGGAAGUUCACUCCAACUCAAAGAGAGGUGAGAGUAAAGCCAGGAGAAAGCGCACUUGCCUUUUACACUGCUGAAAACAAAAGCUCAUCUCCAAUAACUGGAGUGUCGACAUACAAUGUCACUCCCAUGAAGGCAGGAGUUUAUUUCAACAAGAUACAGUGUUUUUGCUUUGAGGAGCAGCGACUUCUUCCUGGAGAACAGAUCGACAUGCCGGUGUUCUUCUACAUUGAUCCUGAGUUUGAGACUGAUUCAAGAAUGGACGGAAUCAACAACCUGAUAUUGUCUUACACGUUCUUCAAAGUGUCCGAGGAAAAUACUACAGAGUCGGUGGACAAUAAAAGCUCAGUUCCAGUUGAAGAAACCGAUUAAAAAAGUAGUAUCUAUUUUUGUGAAGUGAAACUAACGUGGUGACCGUAUGCAAUAAGAAGAGUUUUCAAAAAUAAAUUUCUAUUAUAGGAAAAUGGUUUGUUACAGUAUUUAUUUAUAUAUGUUUUGUGUUUUAGUUUUUUUUGUUUAAGGAAAACUAUUCCUUAUGAUAUGGUUGAAAUCA